UAUUCUCUCUCCAUUUUAGUUCCUUCAAAUAUCAAUUCAAUUUUCUUCGCUCUCUGCUUCUAUGCGACUCUCGCUCUCUCUCUGUUUGAUAUCUAAUCAAUCUAAAAAUUAGGGCACCAAAAUCUAGUAUCCUAGCUUUUCACCAUGAACAUUUUCAGAUUUCUGGGAGAUAUGACUCAUUUGAUCAGUAUUCUGAUUCUGCUUCUCAAAAUCUACGCCACCAAAUCUUGUUCAGGGAUUUCGCUGAAGACGCAGGAGCUUUACGCUCUGGUGUUUUUGGCUCGGUACCUGGAUCUGUUCACGGAAUUUAUCUCCGUGUAUAACAGUAUAAUGAAGGUGGUGUUUAUAGUGAGCUCUCUUGCAAUUGUAUGGUGCAUGAGGGGGCACCGUGUUGUGAGACGCUCUUAUGACAAAGAACUCGAUACGUUUCGUCAUUACUUCCUUAUUGCUGCCAGUUUUGUCUUGGCUCUGUUGGUGCACGAGAAGUUCACAUUCACAGAGAUCUUCUGGGCAUUUUCAAUAUACUUGGAGGCAGUAGCCAUUCUUCCCCAGUUAGUGUUACUCCAACGAAGUGGGAAUGUGGAUAAUUUGACAGGGCAAUAUGUUUUCUUUCUUGGGGCUUAUCGUGCUUUCUACAUCCUCAACUGGAUUUACCGCUAUUUUACAGAGACACAUUUUAGUAGAUGGAUAUCUUGCGUCUCUGGUCUCGUCCAGACAGCACUCUAUGCUGAUUUCUUUUACUACUACUUUAUUAGCUGGAAAAACAAUGCAAAGCUUCAGCUGCCAGCUUGAGCCAGACAUCUGUAUGUUGAAGUAUCAAACUUCAUGAACAAUCACUGCUAAAGUAUUAAGUUUUAGUCAAGUUGGCUGGUAUACCCAUUUGUGCCAGUUCAGAUUGUAUGGGUUUAAGAGGGUAAAGUUACAAUAGUUUAUGCCAAAUGUUGAUUAGGCUGGUGGGUUUGUUGGAAUUGCCCAUCUUAUAGGGACUAUUAGAUUAGAUCAAACACCCAUGUUGAUGUAAGGUGCUAAUUUUUAAUAGUAACAGCACCCUUCUGUUAACUUUUAAUUUGUCUCAUGAUGUUUAUUUGGGAGGGCAAAAUUCAGAUUUGAUUAACGUGAGGGUUGAAUUCAAUGAAGAUACAGUUAACUAA